AUGGAUCAAAGAUUAGAGAGAUUAGAGCAAUUGCAAGAACAGACGCAAGCUCAGAUGCAAGAAAAACUAGAUAAAAUGCAGCAAGAUAUGGAAGAAUCCCAAAGAGAAUUAUUGAAUCAAUUAAAGCAGUUAAUGGCUGCGGGGCACGAUACGGGGAAGAGCCCCGUGGUAAAUUCUGGGGAUGAUCACGAAGACCCUGCCUACCCUCCAGGUUUCGCCCCAACUAAUAUCCAGACGCAACCAGGGGUGUACCCACAGAGGGUACCUGUCACUAUUAGAUCCCAAUACCAAGUCGGUGCCCCAGCAUCGAUGAACUUCCCAACAGGCCCGGGUUCUAACCCCAGGGAUAAUCCUACUAAUCCCGUGGUUCCUGGUCUCGACGAUGUAGCAGAAAUAGAGAAGGCAAGAAUAGACUUGCCGAAACAAUUAGAAGACCGAUGUAGAUGGCUAGAGGAGAAGUUUAAAGCCAUGGAAAAUACUAAUUACCACCGAGGAAUGGACGUCAAAGAUUUUAGCUUGGUAUCCGAUUUGGUCCUCCCUCCCAAAUUUAAAAUGCCGGAGUUUGAGAAGUAUAACGGGACAAGUUGUCCCGAAGCUCAUAUCACUAUGUUUUACCGAAGGAUGACUGGGUAUAUUAACAAUGAUCAACUGCUGAUUCACUGCUUCCAGGACAGUUUGGUCGGGUCAGCGGCUAGAUGGUACAAUCAAUUGAGUCGGGCCAACAUCUACUCGUGGAAAGAUUUGGCGCAAGCCUUUAUAAAGCAAUACAGACAUGUGAUGGAUAUAGCACCUGACCAAAUUGUAUUGCAAAACAUGGAAAAGAAACCUAAUAAGAGCUUCCGACAGUAUGCUCAGAGAUGGAGGGAAGUGGCAGCGCAAGUUCAACCACCACUUUUAGAGAAAGAGAUAACCAUGCUCUUUAUCAAUACUUUGAAAGCUCCAUUUCUCAAUCACGUGUUGGGCAGUGCCACUAAAAGCUUUUCAGACAUAGUUAUAUCUGGAGAAAUGAUAGAGAACGCCAUAAGAUGUGGCAAGAUAGAAGCAAGAGAAAGCACUAAAAGGUCAGCACCAAGAAAGAAGGAACACGAGAUAAACAACAUAAGCACGUUUAACAAGGACUAUUCUAAACCAAUCAUGGUGGGAAAAUCGAGAGCAGUAAUUGCUAAUCAUCAAGGUUCUUCGAAACAUGAAUCCAAUCCAAGGCCAAAUGUGGAAAGACUUCAAUUUACACCCAUUCCAGUAACGUAUAGGGAAUUGUACCAGAACUUAUUCGAUGCACAUGUGGUAUCUCUAUUUUACCUAAAACUCAUGCAACCUCCAUACCCUAAGUGUUAUGACACAAAUGCCCAAUGCGAAUACUACGCGGGGAUGAAGGGCACUCGAUUGAGAACUGCACUGCAUUCAAGAAGUUAG